AUGGACAGACUCCUCCUCCUCCUCCUCCUAAUCCUCGUCGCCCCCCUUCUCACCGCCGCCGGUGGCCUCAACGCGAAGGAGCAGCUGAUCCACCUCCGCUUUUACUGGCACGACAUCCUCAGCGGGCCGAAUCCGACGGCGGCGACGAUAGCCCGCAGCCCGGUUACGAAUGCGUCGGCCACUUUAUUCGGCUUGGUGAAUGUCAUCGAUGACCCAUUAACUUUGGGGCCAGAUCUGUCGUCCCGGCAGAUCGGCCGCGCGCAAGGUAUUUAUGCAUCGGCGGACCAGAAUGUGGUAGGUCUUCUCAUGGCGAUGAACUUCGUAUUCGUCGAUGGGGAGUACAACGGAAGCACAUUGGCGGUGAUGGGGCAUAAUCAGGUAUUCUCUAAGGUGCGGGAGAUGCCGAUCGUCGGCGGGACGAUGCAGUUCCGCCUCGCGCGGGGAUACGUUCAGGCCAUGACUUACAGCUUCCAACCGGAGACUGGGGACGCCGUCGUUGAGUACAAUUGCUACGUCUUGCGCGGAUCCGAUUACUAGAAGCCGCUUGGAGGGCCGCAGCUACUAAGAGAAAAAUAGGUUUUCAAAUAAAUGUUUCUGAUAAAAAAAAAAAAAAAAGUUUCUGAAAAAUAUAUUUCAAAUAGAUGGUCGGGUUUUUAAUAUAUAAAUUUGAAUUACAUGCUUUAUAAUUUAUCCCACGUCUU